UCCGAGGGUCAUUGUAUGAGCUUCUGGUAUAAUAUGAAUGGUGCAGAUAUCGGUGUAUUGAGGGUACAGCUAGAGACCGUUGAUCUCAGCGCGAAUAUGACUCUGUGGGACUAUGGAGCAAACGUUGGUGAUGUCUGGAAUCCUGGUCAGGUUCCCAUCAUCAUGGAUAGUUCAAAUUACUGGAUUGUAUUUGAGAUGCUGAAAGGUGGAGGAGAUGAAGGCGAUACUGCUAUAGAUGAUAUCACAUUCUCUGAAGUUAUAUGCGGAGUUUCACCACCUUAUGCCGAUCCGGACAGUAAAACAACAACACCACGCCCCACCACGGUUCCUGUAACUACGCCUGGAAUCAAAUAUGGCUGUAAUUUUGAUAUUGACUGGUGUGAUUUUGCUCAGUCUACGACUGAUGAUAUCCAAUGGUCUCGUACAAACUUGUUAACACCUACAUCAAGCAGUGGUCCAGAGAGUGAUCAUACAACAGGAGAUGAGACUGGAUUUUAUGUCUUCACUGAAGGCACUUACAACCAGCGCAAGACGGCAGCUUUCACAUCACCCACCCUUCCUGCCUCCUGGGGUGGGGCGUGUGUUGAUUUCUGGUAUCACAUGUGGGGUGUUCAUAUGGGUACAUUGAAUGUCUAUGCAGAAGAGAACUCAACCAGUAUUAACUUACUUUGGACUAGGAGUGGUUCUAGAGCUAGGGUCUGGUAUCAAUCUAGGGUACACUAUUCAACAUUGUCAGAAUUUAAGUUUGUCUUUGAAGGCAUAAUGGGUAUUGAUUUGUCAAGUGACAUUGCUCUAGAUGAUAUCUACAUUACACCGGGACCUUGUCCAGCAAUCCAUGCAUGCAGCUUUGAGGAUGCUGAUAUAUGCGGUUACAAGCAAGAUUUAACUGAUGAUUUUGAUUGGGUAUGGGGUAAUGGUUCUACAACCACUCCCUACACAGGACCCUCUGUUGACGUUACCUUGGGAACAGAUGAAGGUCAUUACAUGUACAUUGAAGCUAGCAAUCAGAAUCCGGGUACGAGUGCAAGAUUGAUAUCGCAACGCUUUACCCCAGAUGAAAAUACUACUGAUAUUUGUUGGAGUUUUUUCUAUCAUAUGUAUGGUGAUCAGAUGGGAACACUCAAUACUUGGGUUGAGGGAGGGAGUAUUCCCAGCUGGACAUUUACAUCAGAUGGUGGAGUUGCUGACCGUUGGUAUUAUGCUGAAUUUGGAGUGACCAGUCAAUCCUCAUAUACAAUAGCAUUUGAGGGUGUGGUUGGGAGUGGAAGUCGGGGUGAUAUAGCUAUUGAUGAAGUUGACUAUAAACCAGGACCAUGUGCUUUUGGUAAUGGAAUAUUCAUACGUCAUAUUAACACCCAUAACCAGCCAUAAAUCUGCAU